ACUUGUUCUUCUGGUGAGAAAUUCCCUAUUUCCAAAAAAAUAAAAAAUGCCUACUCUCCUAGAAAACAUCAUUGCUAUCAUUGACCUAUUCCACCAAUAUUCAAAAACAGAUCAGGAGACUGAAACACUGAGCAAAACAGAGUUGACAGAACUUCUGCAAACAGAGUUUCAUCCAAUCUUGAAGCAUCCAGAUGACCCAGAAACUGCUGAAGUCUUCAUGCAAAUCCUUGAUAUAGACCACAACAAACAAAUAGACUUUACAGAGUUUUUUCUGAUGUUAUUCAGGUUAGCUCAAGCAUACUAUGCUUCUAACAGGAGAAAGAACAUCCAAGCAUCAGGGGGAAAGUAUAGACACCAUCAUAAAAAUGAAGAAGAUGACACAGAAGAAGAAAUACAGGAAGAAGAAAAUGACAAACACAAUAGAAAAUCAAGUCUCUCAAGGAGUAAAGGAAAAGGAAAGAAGGCCAGAUCCAAGAGCCCAAAUAUAAAAGGGAAAAAAGACCAUAGUUCCAGUGAAGGAGGGAAACGUGAUAAAUCCACUUGCAGACACAAACAUGGAUUUGAGGAACAGCUUCAUGAUUUGUGUGGAAAAAAGAAAGGAAAGUCAAGUUCCAGUGAAGUACAAGAAAGAAGACACAAGACAAGCAUAAGCCCCACAAAGAGAAACACAGAAUAUGAGGAUGAAUUGGAUUAUGGUCAGACAUCCUCAAGAUCCAGUAAAAACAGACAUCGAGAAUCCAGUACUAGUCAGACCAGCAAUAGCAAAGGACAUUUAGAAGAUUCAGGGAGACAAUCCUCCAUGACACAUGGAAAGUCCAGGUCCAGUUCAAGAAACCAACUUAAGUCUACUCAUGGCCAUUCUGAAGAUACUUCCAAAUACUCAAUGUCACACCAAGGGCAGACAGCCCCACACUGCCAGCCAGAUUCUGCCCACAGACAGUCAGGAUCCAGCACUAAAGAAAGACAAGGGCAUGACCAUGGGGACACCUCAAGACAUUCAGAAACUGAACAUGGACCAAUUUCAUCUGGGCCCAGAAAGAGUAAACAUGAGGGAUCCAUUAUCAGUCAGUUCAGUGACAAUGAAGGACAAUCAAAACACUUACAUAGCCAGUUGGAGUAAGACCUUAGAUGCUCCAGCACCAGCUCAAGAGAACACAGAACAAUUUAUCCUAUGCAUUCUUCUUAUAGCAUUGGAUGCUUAUGUUCUAACAGUAAUUCAAAAGGGUGUGAGUUUUGUCAUUCAUGAAGAUAAUAUUA